UCUGUAAAGUCACACCCCAGCUAGCACAUCAUUAUCUGUUUCUUAGAGCUUGGUGAGAGUGUGGUUGUCCUAUGGUUAUUUUGCAUAUAACCUUACCACAACGUUCUGGGAAUGGUGCGGGGUAGUUGCUUGGCUUUGGAACAUUCUCAGCACAUUUAAGGAACUUGACGAAGUGGUUUGAUAUUGGGAAUGUUCUCAAAUAGUUCAGAGAAGGUUAAGAAACAACAUUCUUCUGUGUGAAUUUCAGUACUUCAGCAUAACGUUUCCUCAUGGUUCUAUUUAAAGUCAUGUUCUCAAAGUUCAGAGACUGUUACAAAAACAUUCCAUAAAAACCACAAGAAAAUGUUUGUAACGUUCUAAUAAUGUUAUUUAAAAGCAUAUACAUUCUGUUCUCAGCGUCAAUAAAAGGCUCUAUCCUCCAUCUUAAGUGUGUUCAGGUGUUAUGGCCGUGCCCAUUAAUUGGCCACCCCUGAUCUUAAUGAGUGCUUCUUUCCUUUGAAGUGGGAUCUGUUUGAAUAGACUAAAAUGAACAGCUUUGUAUGCCUUAAAAUUCUAGUUCCACCCUGGUGGCGAAGUGGACUAAGGUGUCUUGUACAGCAAAUUGGUUUGGUAUGUCUGGAUAAGAGCGUCUGCUAAAUGACUUAAAUGUAAUGUAAUGUAAUGUUUUUUUAUGAACUCUGGUGCAUUUAGCCCCUUAGUUCAGUUCGUUUGGACUGGUGUGAACACUGUCCUCACUCGGGAGCGCCCAACAGAGGCUCCCACCUCCCACAUAUACUCCCAGAGAGAGGUGGAACUGGGGGACCCCAACACACUCAUCUGCCGGGUCAGUGAUUUCCACCCAACAUCCGUGGAUGUGACUUGGACCAGGAACGAGCAGCCGGUGGGAGAGGGGACCGUCAGUCUGAACCAGUACUACUCUAAUGAAAACUUCAGCUUCAGGAUCUUCUCCUACCUGAGCAUCACACCUCAGGAGGGGGACAUCUACUCCUGUAGUGUGGGGCACGUCAGCCUGCAGGAACCCCUCACCAGGAUCUGGGAGGUUGAAGUGCACACGGACCACCAGACUGUGGAGACAGCAGUGUGUGUUGGAGGUGUGACUCUAGGAGUGGUGGGAGUAGCAACAGGACUCUGGUUUAUCAAAAAAGCCAAGAGGUCUGGUUGGGCCUUAAGAACAUAGGCAACUAUCAGCAAUACACCAAGGGCUCCAUGCAACAAUACCAAGUACAAUUAUCAUAUUCCGCAACCUACAACUGUGCUGGCGACAAUAUGAUGCAGUUCACUAUUGUGAGGGCAAUUUCUGUUAAACCUUACUAAUGCUGUUGUACUAAAAUAUGUCUUUAAGCCUAGGCAUUGGGCUUGGCUGGACUUCCUGUCAUUCACACCUGGGAAACACCAGCAGGUGAGUCAAUCCAAUUUUUUUUGAUGAAAUGCAUGAUGUGUCUAAUAUAUUAUGAAGAAUGUAUCAAAUGAAGUUGACAGAUCUUUUGUAACAAUACAGUAUAACAACUCCACAAAGGCAAUGAUUAGGAGAUUUUUCCUAAAUGGAUCCAUGUUGUAAGCAACAACAUAUUUUUUGAGAUUACCUCUUUGCACAAUGACAUGGAAAGGGAUACAGCAGUACAAAUUAAUUAUUUGUUUCAGGUGGGUACCAGUUCCAGGGGAUAGUUGACUGUGAAUAUGACACCAUUGACAAUAUGAUCUACUUUGUGAAAAACAUAUUCAACCAAAAAUUGACCAUCUAUGGCGCCAGGGUUCAGAAGUAUAUGGGUUUUGGGGAGUAUGGCAUACGCAAUGCAGAUCACUACAACAGCCAAGCUUGGAAAAUGGCUAUAAGGAAGGCAUAAGUGGAGACUAUUUGCCCAUACAGUGCAAGAUUCUUCAAACUGAGCACUUUGGAAAGAAUAGGUAAGUCAUUUUUACGUUUCUUUCCUUAGUAAUUUGCACGUGCUGUACAUUAAGUCAAGUUUGAUAAAAUAUUUGUUUGCAAAAAUGUUGCUGUUUCGGUCUGUGGACCUCCAUCAGACAACUUAAUUUCUACGUCAUCCUAUGUCCCAGUGCCUCCCACUGUCAAAGUCUGCCUGACCAAGACCUCUCGCUACGGAGAGCUGUCCAUGCUGGAGUGGAUUAGAGAGAGAUAUCUCUGCUUAUAGCAGUGUUUUUUUUAAAUAAAUGUCAAUAGAUUUUGAAGUUACUGGAUUGGUAGCAGCUUUGUGGUAGUGUGAUGUUUUACAUAAUUCCAUUCCCAGAUACCUCAGGCCUGCAUACUAAAUGGUUUAAAAUGGCAAUAGGGGUGUGUUCCCUUUUCAUUGGUGUAGCCAUGGCUAUUGGAGGAGUUUACUACUGGUGGAAGAACAGGAAAGUCACAACAUCACACAAUGGACAGAGAUUUUAUGUAACUAUAAAUCUAUUGGAUUAUUUUUGAUUUCAAGAGGUUUCAUAAUGUAGACAUAUUUUACUGUUUCAGGUCAGGCUUUAGGCGUGUGAAUAGAUAAGGUAAGGCAUUUUUCCAUAUUGUGUUUGACAUAUUUUGCAAUAAAUAAACAUGUCUGAUAUAUAUACUGCUGGAAUCUUUACAUUCCAUACAUCAAAGCAGAGAAUUGCAUAGACAAUCCUUGUGCACCCAAAUGUCACAUUUGAACUUUUUUUUCUUCUUUCCAGUAGGUCAAUUGACUGCUUCGAUGUGCAUGGCAUAAGAGCGAACUCUUUCUUUGCCCAAAAUGCCACUGCUUAACAAAGCAGAAAUAAUACUUUCAUUCUUUACCAUACUAUUCAAAUUGUGUCCAUAUGAUGGAAUCAGUUUGCUUACCAUUCGUUGUUUGCUUGUAUGGGACUUUCCUAGAUUAUAUUUUCAAACACUACAGUCAGGUCCAUAAUUAUUGGUACCCUUGAUAAAGAAUAGCAAUAAAGUCUAAAAGAGCUCUAUUUUCAUGUCAUCUGACCAUAGCACUGGUGCCAAUACAAGUCCUGAUGCCGUUGAUCAACCUCCAGGCAGUGUUAGUCCGAUGACAUGAACAUAGAGCUUUUUGGCCACGCACACCAGUGGUGGGUUUGGCGUUGACAAACGGAAGCAUACAGUAUGCAGAAAAGUACCUCAUGCCUAUGGUAAAAUAUGGUGGUGCAUCCUUGAUGUUACGGAGCUAUUUUGCUUCCACUGGUCCUGGGGCCCUUGUUAAGGUCAACGGCAUCAUGAACAUCAUAACCAGUCCCAGGACAGUUGACCCAAAAACCUUGUUGCCUCUGCCAGGAGGCUGAUACUUGGCAACAAGUUGAUCUUUCAGCAAGACAAUAACCCCAAGCACACAUCAAAAUCCACCAAGAAAUGGUUCAGUUACCACUAUCAGCAUUUUGCAAUGGCCACCUCCGGACUUGAACCCCAUUGGUUUGAAUUGAAGAGGGCAGUCUAUAAGCGCAGACAAAGGAUAUCAAUGAUCUGGAAGGAUUCUGUAUGGAGCAAUGGUCUAAGAUUUGACUGCCCUUGACCAGCACAAAAACAUCCUGUGGUGCACUGCACUAGCUUCAAAUAGUCCCCACGAUAUGCAACUUUUCAGGGAAGUCAGGAACCAAUAUACACAGUCAGUUAGGAAAGCAAAGGCAA